UCUCUGGUUCAGCCUGGAUUCCCGCCUUCUUACCUCGCGAGGCUUCUUGGUUUUUUCUUGCUUUAGACUUCAAUCGGCUGAGGAAUAGCAUAUUCCUGCUGCAAUUACUCGGCGAGGAAGGCUUUUUCGGUCUUGGGGGUAGCGAUUGAUGCGGUUUUGUGCUUUGCGCUUGCAAGUAAAUUGAUAUACGGUGGGGGUGAGUGUGGGAGGGAGGGAGUAUUUUAUGGCGGGGUUGGUUUCGGAGUAGGCGGUAUGUGGACGAUCAGGUGCUAAAAUACGCAAUCUUGCUCCUAAUUAAAUGAAAAGCAAUUCCGGACUCGGAUCACAACUAGGCCACGGAAGGGGGCCGACUCGGAGCUGCGCCUUAUUCUGUUGAAACUAUGACUGCGGUCCUACAGUUCCAAAGGAGCACUCAAUCAUCUUCCAGCGAUAGUGACGAGUACACCUCAACCUCAGAGUAUUUAUCGGACAUAGACACGGAGGGGUGCAUUAGCAAUAACGCUCCUCCUCUUUUUAACGACGAUGUUCACGGUUUAAAGAUCAAUCCGAAAUUCUUAUUCAGCACAUCUCCGCCAAAGCACAGAAGCGCGAGAGUUCAUGAAGCUGGAGCUCAGCUGUCAAUGGUAGCGUUGGUGUUCGCUACAGUUAGAAAGUCGCUUCUUACGUGCCAAACAGCGGAAGGAGUAGAAAUAAUGGAAGGGGAGAGGGUGAAAGCCACAGACAAGGUCGGUGAGAAGGAAAAAGGAAAAGGGAAGGAAACCAAGAUGGGCAUGGAAAUUGGAUGGCCGACGGAUGUAGAGCAUGUUGCGCACGUUACUUUCGACCGCUACAAUGGGUUUCUUGGCCUGCCUGAGGAAUACGAGAAUGAAGUGCCCAGACCAACUCCCAGUGCAAGCAAGAAUGUGUUUGGAGUUUCAGUGGAGUCAAUGCAGUGUUCACUCGACUCUCAUGGCAACAUGGUCCCGACUAUUCUUCUGCUCUUGCAGAGACAGCUCUAUGAUCAACAAGGGCUCAUGGCUGAAGGUAUUUUUAGGAUAAAUCCCGAGAAUAGUCACGAGGAGCAUGUGCGGGAGCAACUCAACAAAGGCAUCGUCCCUGCCGACAUCAAUAUUCAUGCCUUAGCUGGCUUGAUUAAGGCGUGGUUCAGGGAGCUUCCAAGAGGCGUUCUAGAUUCAUUGAGUCCAGAGCAGGUUCUUGCUUCCCACGGUGAGAAGGAUAGCUUGGCACUUGUUAAGCUACUGCCGGCUACGGAGUCUGCUCUAUUGAACUGGGCCAUUAACUUGAUGGCCGAUGUCGUGGAGCUGGAGUCUUUCAACAAGAUGAAUGCUCGCAAUAUUGCAAUGGUAUUCGCUCCUAAUAUGACACAGAUGGUUGAUCCGCUCAAUGCCCUGAUGCAUGCCGUUCAAGUAAUGAAUUUGCUUAAAACUCUGAUUCUUCGCACACUGAAGGACCGGAAGGCCAGUUUGCUGGAAUCUCACUCACCCCCCUCGUCGCCAGAAUCUCCCAAGUUGGAAGAGCCUGAGCAUGAUCCUCAAGCCGCCCUGUGGGUUGAAGACUCUAACGAUGAUGUUUAUGGUGGCAGCGUAUUUAAUCGCCAUGAUAGACAAUGGUUCCAAACCUCCCAAAACUCGUGCGCAGGGCUUCUCCGAGGUCAUGACCGGACGAGCUCUCAAGGCUCACUAAGUGGUGUUUGGAUGGAUCAUGAACGUGGCAGCUCACGAUACCCACCUCUACCAUUCGCGGGUUCUCAUGAUCGUCAACCAAGUCCUGUAUUUGGUGGCCCUCAUAAAGCGAACCCUUUUCUUAGGAGCCCCACCGAGCACAAUUAUGAUCGGAAUAGCUCACAGACCGCGUUACUGAAUGGUCUUGGGCACAACAGUGACGAGCCACAAGGAGAUUUCAGCCCUUUCACGCUUUUCCCCCCUACGCACAGCACUAAAGGAAAGGGUUCUAGUGGUCGCAUGACUCCUUCCAUUGACCAACGAGCUGAGCGGGUGGAAGCAUGGUGAUCCGCUGCAUAGUUCUCUCUUCUGUUUUCUAGAUGUAGAACUUUGUUGUUCCAUUUCUAUGGGUGUGAAAAAGGACCACGACGAAGAAGUAACACAGGGUUGUGAUUCGACUCGAGUACUGAUAACGAAGGUGAACGCUCGUCCUUCAGAUUUCUCACAAGGGCUUAAGUGGCUUUGAGUGGAGUCAUUUGAAAAGAAGACAAUACCCGAUGCAUGGCUGUGUACAUCUUAUUGGCAAAACGUGUAGGUGGAAGGAACAUCACGCUUUCUAGUGAUGAAAUCAACUCAGCAUGUCUUGAGGUGAUGGCUUGGGUCACUGGAGUAGAUUGUUUGAAGCAGAUACUGCUGGAGUAAAGAAUCCUGGGAGGGAUGGCACUUUUGUACUAUAAUUCAGGAUAGCUCAGUUCUUAUACUUGUUCAGUAGUAGUAAUCUACACAAGACAGACUUGAGCAAAAACUAACCCAUUCUUUGAUUAAAGCUCGCUUGCUGAAGAGGGCUUGAUCGGAAACAAAGCCAAGUUUUGCUUGGUGCUUAGGCAUGUGAAUAUUUCAGGUGUAUUUAUUUUCAGGGGUUUUUCACUUGGAUUGACUUAAUCUAAACAUCUCGCUUGUCUACUCGUUUGAAACGAA